AUGGCGGAAACAGCGCCGUCAGAGGCCGAAAAGACUGAACAAAAUAGUGGCUUCCGGAAAUUAUUGGAAGAACGAGUUAAAGGCGAUGUGAAGUGGUUCAAUGUCAAGAGCGGUUAUGGCUUCAUCCACCGCCUCGAUACGGACACUGACAUUUUUGUGCACCAGUCUGCAAUUUCAAAGAACAAUCCCAAUAAGUUUCAACGGUCGUUAAAAGAAGGUGAAGAGGUUGAGUUCUACGUUGUUGAAGGAGAAAAGGGUGAUGAAGCUUGGGAGGUUACUGGUCCGGGUGGGGCACCCGUUCAGGGCAGUUCAUUUGCUUCUCCUCGUGGACGCGGCGGUAUGUAUCGUGGUCGUGGUCGGGGUAUGAGCCCCGGGUGGUACAACAACGGCGGUCGCGGCCGUGGUGAACCAGGCGGGGGAUACCGUGGUGGAGGACAAUUCCGUGGUCGUGGCUACUCCCCACGUGGACGUGGGUAUCGUGGUGGUGGUUACGGUGGUGAAGGCCGCGGAGCUCCCCGUGGUAGCUUCAGAGGUCGUCGAGGCGAAGGACAAGAGCAUGCUAACGGUGAGAAAGGUAACAAUUUAAUCAUUUAA